AAAAAAAAAGGUUUACAGGAGGCACCACUCCCCAAGAUCCAGAACCUCUCCGUCGCGGCGGGCGGCGGCAAAACCUAGCGCUCCAUCGCCGCUCCGUUCCCCAGCCGCGUCGGGCCGCGAGGGGCGGCUGUCGACGAGGAGCUGUGGGCGAAGUAUUGACGCCAAAUCUUCCGUCCGUACAUGGAGAAUAAGGAGGCUGCGGGCGCGGCUGCGGGCGCGGCGGCGGCCGAAUCCGACGGGACCGCAGAGAAGCGGGCACGGAGUGGCGACUGCGACGACACCGCCGACGAUUUCAUCAGCAGUCUCCCCGACGCCGUCCUCGGCACCAUCAUCUCCCUCCUCCCCACCAAGGACGGCGGCCGGACGCGGGUCCUCUCCCGCCGAUGGCGCCACCUCUGGCGCUCCGCGCCUCUCAACCUCGAGGUCAGCACCCGACCCCCCGAUGCCGACGCCGACGCCCACGCCGCCGGGCCCGUCCCCACCCCCUCACGCGUCCUGCCCUCCGCCGUCUCCGAGAUAAUCUCCAAACACCCUGGCCCCGCACGCCGAUUCUCCCUCCACUGCCGCGGCGACGGCGACCUCUGCCCCCAGGCGGCGGAGAGCUGGCUUUGCUCCCGCGCCCUCGCCAACCUCCAGGAGCUCGAUAUCAGCUACGCCGAACCCCCGCUGCUGACAUCGGUUCUCCGCUCUGCGCCCAACAUCCUUGUCGCCAAGAUCAGCCAUGGUGAUUUCGAGCCGGCCAUGAUCAAUUUCCCCUUCCUCAAGAAGCUCUCCCUGUUUCGCCUUACCAUCUCAGCGGACCUCUUCCCCGGACUGUUAUCCUGCUGCCAUGCCUUGGAGAGCCUAUCCAUGACCAAAGUUCGUGCUGUGGGCUGUCUCCGUCUUAGCUCGCCGACCAUUAGGACCAUCAUCUUCCGUCAUAGCUAUGGUGAAACCGCGGAACUGGUCAUCGAGGAUGCUCCUCGCCUUGUGAGGUUACUAGUGCCUUAUUGUGAGAGGGAUGAUAGUGUGACUGUCAGGGUAAUUAGGGCGCCUAAUCUGGAGAUAUUGGGCCCUUUCUUCGUUGUUGUCUCCAAGCUCCUACUCUUCCAGGUAGCAUCAGGGUCAUCUUUGAAUCUUGCUGUCGGUCGGCAUUUCUACAUGGAGAUAAUAUUUUUGAUGUUCAUUGUUUGCUUUCCUCAGGGAAUAAGCCUGGUCAGCUCCACAAACUCGAUGCGCACCUUGAAGGUUUUGGCUCUCAAGUCUUCUGGGCAGAAAUUGAAUGCAGUUCUUAACAUCCUUAGGGGGUUCCCCUGUUUGGAAAAGCUUUGUGUUAUUUUUCAUACAAACCGUGAGAGGAAUGACGAAAAUGAGCCUCAGUAUGAUCCACUACAUCCAGUCGAAUGCCUUGAGACCCGUCUAAAAAAAGUGGUGUUUAAGUCAUUUGAGGGCUAUGGCAAACAGGUUGACUUUGCGAAAUUCUUUGUAUUGAAUGCAAAGGUGCUAGACAAAAUAGAAUUCGAAGUAAGAAAUCAGUACAGCAGUGAGACAGUGGCUUAUGAACACAGGCUGCUACAAGUGGAAAACAGAGCUUCCCGAGAGGCUCGGGUUGAAUUCAGGACUACUUCAUACUGACAGAGUACCAUGUCAACAAGCGUAUCCAUGAUUUGUCAGUGACCGGCCCCUUCAGACAGCCAUAGACAGCAUUGAUGCCUGAAGAUUGCACUGUCCUGUGCUCAUUUUGUAAAUGGCGUCGAUGCCUGAAGAUUGCAUUGUCUUCUGCAUAAGUCUGCUCUAUUUCUAGUCUAAAGUUCCUCUAUAAUAAUUCCAGAACUUAUGAAGUUACCCCUGUUAAAACAGCAAAAGAUGGUUUUGGAUGUAAAAAUAAUGCACUUUGGGAAAUCUCUGAUGGGGAGGAAUGCAGAAAUAUUGCUGCCGAAAGUUUUAACCGGAGGGAGCUGGUAGGUGAUAACCUCAUCUGCUGAAACUACUCACAUCACCUUACCCUUACCCUAUGCAAUUGUGGCUUUGUUCUGCCUAAGCUGGUCUAGAAACAUGUGACUGUGUGGGAAACUUAAUUGUCCUUUCAGCUAUAAACAAAAGCACGAGAUAUUUCAUUUC